CCACUUGAGCUAUCUCGCCAACUGACUAACAAAGUAAUUAUCGAGUAUAAGGGCCGUGGCUAAAUUUCAUCUCCAGUGAUGCUCUCUCAUCAUCAAAAGUAUGUGCUCAAUCUAAAUUCCAUGAGCUGUGAUGUCUCCUUGUAAGUCAGUUUCGGAAUCUAAACAUUCUCCUCACCUCAAAAGGUUAAGGAGACUUGAAUGCAGACCGAGGGAAAGGCCUCGACAGUCCUAUAUGUAUGAGGAUCGAGGACAAUACACAUUCGAAGACAAAUGGCCUUGCAUGCGUCCUAUUAUAUUAAAAUUACUACAACAGGAGCCUGUUACGCAAGGAGAAUGGCAAGAUUUAUUUUACUCUGUCCAUUUGGUGUGCCUCUGGGACGAAAAAGGACCUGCAAAGUUACGCGAUGCCUUGAAAGAAGAUAUAAUGGAUUUUAUUAAACAAGCCCAGCAGAGAGUCUUGGCUCAUCAAGAAGAGCAAGCAUUAUUGAAAGCUUACAUAGCAGAGUGGAGAAAGUUCUUCACGCAAUGUAAUUAUCUACCGACCCCUUUUAGGCAAUUGGAAACAUCUCUAUCAGGAAAACAAGGUUCCAGUAUCCCAAAGAAGAACAACUGUGAUGAAAGCAUCGUAAGAAAGUUAAUGCUAGACAGUUGGAAUCAAACUAUAUUUGGGGAAAUAAAACAGAGACUUCAGGACUCAGCAAUGAGACUAGUGCGAGCCGAAAGAAAUGGAGAGGCUUUCGACUCGCAAUUAGUUAUAGGAGUCAGGGAAUCAUAUGUAAAUCUUUGUUCAAAUACGGCGGACAAACUACAAAUAUACAGGGAAAACUUUGAGGCUGCUUACAUAGAAGCCACUGAAGCAUUUUAUUGGGUAAAAGCGCCAGAACAGUUAUCGUUACAUGGCGUGGAAAAUUACAUGCGUUAUGCCGAAGCAAAAUUGAGAGAAGAAGAAUUGCGGGCGCAAAAGUAUUUGGAGCCAAACAGUGCCAGUGUACAACUUUUAACCGAUUGCUGUGUUAGAGUGUUAGUCGCUACAUUUAAGCCUGCUAUUCUUGCAGAAUGUUCGCGGAUGAUACAACAUCAUCAAACUGACAAACUGCGGCUUAUGUUGAAGCUGAUGGACAGAGUGGCAGAAGGUGUCGUACCUAUGUUACGAGAUUUGGAAGAUCACAUAGCAAGUGCCGGACUGGCCGAUAUGAUGGCUGCCGUGGACGUUAUUACUCAGGACUCGGAAAAGUAUGUCGAAAGAUUACUCGAUCUCUUUCGUAGAUUCUCGAUUCUGGUGAAAGAGGCAUUUGAUGACGAUCCACGUUUCUUGACUGCCCGAGAUAAAGCAUACAAGCUCGUUGUAAAUGAUGCUACUGUAUUUAGACUGGAACUACCGCUUCGACAAGGAGCUGCAGUUGCUCUCAAUGUUAUAAACACUAAACCAACCAGCAAUACCAGUGGCCAACCAGAGUCUAAAUGUCCCGAACUACUAGCAAAUUACUGUGAUAUGUUGCUCAGGAAGACACCUCUGAGUAAAAAGCUUACAUCUGACGAGAUUGAAAGCAAAUUACGGGACGUGUUACUAGUCUUGAAGUACGUCCAGAACAAAGAUGUUUUUAUGCGAUAUCAUAAAGCUCAUCUGACCAGACGCCUAAUAUUAGAUACGUCAGCUGAUUCGGAAAAAGAAGAAAAUAUGGUCGAGUGGCUGCGUGAGGUAGGAAUGCCGGCUGAUUAUGUCAAUAAAUUGGCACGUAUGUUCCAAGACAUAAAAGUGUCACAAGACCUAAAUCAACAGUUUAAGGAGCAAUGUCGUGCUGUUAUUGCCGAUAGUAUUAAUAUUAAAAUAUUAAAUGCUGGUGCAUGGGCAAGAGGCAGUGAAAGGGUAACGGUCAGCCUACCACUUCAAUUAGAAGACUAUAUUCCUGAAGUGGAAGAUUUUUAUAAAAAGAAACAUAGUGGGAGGAAACUGCAAUGGUAUCAUCAUAUGUCAAAUGGAACGAUCACUUUUUCAAACCAAGUAGGGCGUUUCGAUGUAGAUGUGACAACGUUUCAAAUGGCCGUGUUAUUUGCUUGGAAUCAACGGCCUCUUGAAAAGAUCUCGUACGAAAAUCUUCGUCUGGCUACGGAACUUCCUGAUCCUGAACUAAGACGGACGUUAUGGUCCUUGUGUGCGUUUCCCAAAUUAAAGCGACAAUUACUUUUAGUAAAUCCAGCGGCGCACACGCCAAAAGACUUUGCACAAGACACGAGGUUUUGGGUGAAUCAAGAGUUCGCUAUUGUGAAAAAUGGUAAGCUACAGAAACGAGGAAAAAUUAAUUUGAUUGGACGUCUACAGCUCUCUACAGAAAGGAGUAAAGAAGAAGACAAUCAAUCGAUUGUUCAGCUUAGAAUUUUACGUCUUCAAGAGGCGAUAAUUAAAAUCCUCAAGAUGAGAAAGAAGAUCAACAACGCUCAAUUACAAACUGAAUUAGUCGACAUUCUCAAGAACAUGUUUCUGCCAAGUAAAAAGAUGAUUAAAGAACAAAUUGAGUGGCUUAUAGAGCAUAAAUAUAUCCGCAGGCAUGAUGAUGACAUUAAUACCUUUGUCUACAUGACAUAAUUUAUGGCAUGCUUCGAAGUGUUUGAACUCUUACAUUAGCUACUAUAUUUUUGUAUAUCUGAGUUUUUUUCCCUAAAAAUGUGUGCUUGAAAAUAUUGGAUACGUGAAGAUUUUAUAUUGAGUACAUUUCUGAAAUAUCAUGAUGAAAAUAGGCCAUUUUUAUAACAGUCAGUAUAGGCACCUCGUAAUUCUAUAUAUGGUAAAAUAUCAUCUUUUUAUAUUUAAAAACCUCUGAAACUGAAUUCAUUAUACGUUUUCAAAAUCAGCUCAAAAUAUCGAUUAUUAAAGGUAGAUGACUAUAAUGCGAAUUCUUAUAUUACAUUAUUUGGCGGAUAAAAGAAGUGUCAAUUGCCAUUUUUUUCAAGCUAUCCUUGUUUCGUUAGCUAGCGCGUAAUUAAUUUUCCACUCAAUAAAAAGUAUUCACUUCAGCUUCCACGAUUGUAUGCAAUGCAGCACGCUCGUUACAAUAAUCCUAUUUUUAUCUAAGCAUUUGCAUUGAAUUGUGUACUGUGACAGAACCAUCAAGUGCUUCGGCUUCAAAGAAAUAAAACAUAAAUAUGAACAAAGAAAA